AUGCGGGCCCUUCGCUCGGUAUUCCUCUACUACUGUUACCGAACCUCGGACCUUUGCCGAACCUCCGCACAAGCCACGCCUCCCAAGAGUGACGCCCUUGAAACAGCAGGUGUGCGGAGCGGUGAGGGAGGGGUAAAGGGAGGUGCGAAUUGGUCUAUUGCGGUGGUGGGGAGAUUCACUAGAAAAGCAAUGGUAGAGGCGAUUAUGGCAGGGGUUGCAGGGGGAAUGGAUGUUACCUCUCGCUCUGCCUUUGCAAACAGAUUAGCUGGCGUUUUGGCGUCUGAAGGUGGGGGAAAAGAUGAGGUGGCAUGCCGUGCCACGUCAGAGCAGCUGCUGAGCUGUUUCGCUGACGUGGCGAGCGGGCAUUGGAAGCCGUGGGAAGCUGCUCUGCCUGGACUGGCUGAUGCUGAUGCUGCUGUUGGGGGGUGCUUUGGGGAUGAGGAAGGGGAGGAGGGAGAGGAGGAAAGUGUGGAGGAAGAGGAGAGGAGCAUGAGUUACAGAAGGAGUAGAUCUGUGUCUGGUCGGAGCAAUGGCAGUAUGGGUGUUACAAAGCAGGGUGGUAGACAGGCGAAGGGUGCAGCAGGGAAGGCAGGAGGAGAAGGAAGGGGAGGAUCAGGAGGGGUACGAGGAGCAGGAGGAGCAGGAGCAGCAACAGGAGCAGCAGGUGCAGGAGUAGCGGCAGGAGCAGGAGGGGGAGCAGUAGACUCAACGACUGUUAUCCCCACAGCAGAGACAGAACGGUUGGGUGCGCACUGCCGCUACGUCAAGCUCCCUGCUGGUGGUGCUCGUGGUGCUGGUGUUGGUGUUGGUGGUGCUUCUGGUGCUGCUGCUGCUGCUGCUGGUGUUGGUGUUGGUGCUGCUGGUGGGUCACACGAAACAGCAGCAGCAGCAGCAGCAGCAGCAGCAUCAGCAUCAGCAUCAGCAGUGGCAGCAGCAGCCGCCACUUCCAGUGUUAACUGGGCGCUGGAGCCUAAGGACCCAGUACCAGCGGACGGCCGUCUGCUGCUAUUGUUAGAUGAGGUGAAUCUCCCCGCCCCUGACGCUUUUGGCACCAUCCGCAUGGCCGGCCUGCUUCGGCAGCUAGCGGAGCCGCAGCUGAUUCCGCAGGCGGCGGGCGGGGUGGGCGGCGGUAGUGGGGAAAGCAGCAGGAAUGGCGAUACGCACGGCAGCAGCAGCAAUAACGUUGGCAGUGGUGGUGGUGGUGGUGCUAGCAGUGGUAGUAGCAGCAGCAGUGGAGGGAGCGGUGGGUAUGCCUAUGGGUUCUGGCACCCCAAGAGGCGCGUUUGGGUGCAACUGAGGCGGGUGUCAUUUGCAGCCACUUGCAAUCCGGCUUCAGACGUGGGCAGGCAUGAACUGCCUGUCCGCCUGACCAGGCAUCUCACUGUUGCUCAUGUUCCGUUUCCGUCCGGCGCGGCUCUUACGACAAUAUACAGCACGUUUAUAAGGGGGAUAUUGGCCCGGUACUGGCCUGGGGUGGCAGUGGAGGCGCGGGGGAAUCCUCAGGUGGUUUCUCAGGUGGAUUCUCAGGUGGUUUCUCAGGUGGGCGCGUGCCUGGCAGCGGCGAUGGUGGAGGUGUAUGAGGAGUGUGGGGUGAGGUUCACUCGGGCAGUGCAGCAGCACUACGUGUGCAGUCCUAGGGAGCUUACCAGAUGGACUAGAGGCAUCCGAUUCGCCCUGGUGCAUGGGCAGAAAGGGGUUAAGAGGGGUGGAAAAGGAGACGGGGACGAGAGGGGGGAGAAGGGGGCGGUUGAGAGGGGUGAAAAGGGUGGAGUGAGUGGGAAGAGUGGUAAGGGGCGUAUGGGUGCUGGUGGUGCGAGAUUGGGUGGUGGUGUGGGGCUGGUUGGAGCAACAAGUGCACAUACAGGCGUUGGCGGUGCUGCUGUCAUCGGUGGUGAUGGGGAGGGCAACUGGGCGGCAAGGCUUGUCCUGACAUGGCUGCAUGAGGGGAUGCGCAUCUGGUAUGAUAGGCUGGUGAGGGAGGAGGAGAGGGAGUGGACGGCGAAGCUGCUGCUGCGGGUGGCAACAGAAAAGAUACUCCCGAUGCUCGUGCCUCUUGUAGGGAACACUCUUGUAACGAGUACAGGGAAUCCUGUAGCUGUUGCUGAUGGUGUUUCUGAUGGUGUUCCUGCUGUGCCUUUCUCGCUACCUGCCGACCCGAGCCGGUUGGUGUUUUCGUCGCUUCUGACGGGGCGGUACGAGCCGUGCGCGGUGAACCACCUGAAAAAGCACCUGAAGUGGGCCCUGACAGGGGAGGCCCCGGAUGCCGCAGGAGGGGCAGGUGCCGGCCAGGUGAAACCAGGUGUUUCUUCAGGUGCUGGGGCAGCAGAAAAGGCCGGGGACAGGAGAGGAGGAGCAGGAAAGCGGGCGUCAAGCAGCAGGGCAGGGGAGGUGGAGGAGGAAAUGGGGAGGAAGGUUUUGGAAGAAUCAGAAGAACUGGGGAUGGAGAAGGGGGAGGAGGAUGCAGGGGAGGUGCAAGCAGGGGAGGUGGUAUUGACUGAUGAGUUUGUGUGUGCGGUGGUGAGGGCGGCAUCGGUGCUGCAGCAGCCCAUGGGGCAUUUGCUGCUGCUGGGUCCUCCUGCAACUGGGAAAUCGACCGUUGCCAGAUCCGCAAUCGCUGCGACGGGAUUGGUGGAGGUGCGGGUGGCGCUACACGCGGGAUUCGAGGAGCGCGAGCUGGACGGCCCGCUGGAGGAGGCGCUGCGGGCGGCGGGGUGCGACGGGCGGCGCGUUUGUCUUGUUCUGGAGGAGGCGCAUCUGGUGGAGAGCGCUGUUUUGGAAAGGCUCAACUCGCUUCUCACAGGGGGGGAUGUUCUCGGGCUGUUCGGAGCAGAGAAGCAGCAGGAGCUGCUUGAAUCCCUUCGCGUGGCUUCUGAGCCUGAGGAGGAGGUGUGGGCGGGGUUCAGGAGGAGGAUUCAAGGCAACCUGCACGUGGUGCUGACGAUGACCAGCCAGGGCAGCGCUCACAUGCGCCAGAGCAUGCUGGCGUCCCCGGCUCUCUUCAACCGCUGCACCGUGCUCUGGCUGCCGCCCUGGGGGGACACGGGGCUCGCUCCGCUUGCUCAGAGUCGCCUCGCCGGUGUUUCGCUGGUUCACCCUGUCUCGGCCGCAGCUGCUGCAGCAGCAGGAGGAGCAGGAGGAGGAGUAGGAGGAGGAGCAGGAGGGGCAGGAGGAAGAGGAGACUCCAAGCAGAUUGAUAUGCCGGCUGAUUCUGCGGGUGGUGCUGCUGGUGGGGCUGGGGAAGCGAAGGAGAGGCAGCUGCUGGCGGAGGUUCUGGUGGCAAUUCAUGGCUGCGCUGUUAGUGCUGUUAGCGAGUCGCUCAAUAACAGAGCUUUUGGGAAGGCUGGGCUGGGAGGGGAGCAGCAGCAGGAGGGGAGCUUGCAGCAUUCCUUCUCCCCAGACUCUCUCAUCUCCCUCCGCUCCUUCUCAGACCUCCUCACCCACUUCCACUCCUCCGUCUCCCACUCGCACCGCCGCGCACACCGCACCUUCCAGCACCUCUCCCUGGGCCUCACGAAAGUCACAGCCGCAGAGCACCGUGUAGUACUCCUCCGAAAACACUUAGAACUCAAAUCGAAAGAGCUCCAAGUGAAAGAGGCUGCUGCGAACGGGAAGUUACAGCAGAUUGCGGCUGAGCAAGCGCUAGGGGAGAGGCAAAGGAAGGAAGCUCAGGGGCUGAUUGCGAGGUUGGACGAGCAGGCGAGGAGUGUGGAGAGGCACCGGAGGGAGGCGCAGGAGAAUCUGGAAAGGGUGGAGCCGGCGGUUGAUGCGGCGAAAACGGCGGUGAAGUCGAUCAGGAAAUCCCAGCUGGACGAUUUGAAGGCCAUGCCGAAUCCACCGAGCGCGAUUAAGCUGACUCUUGAGGGAGUGUGUCUGCUCCUGACGGGUUUAAAGCCCACCACGUGGCAGGGCAUUCUCUCUGUGGUGCGCCGUAACGACUUCAUCCCCAAUAUACUGGGAUGCGAUAUGGAGGCCAUAGACCCUGUGCUGGUGCUGCGGGUGAAGCGGGAAUACCUGGACGCGAGGGUGAUUUCCUUUGAUGCUGUGAACAGAGCGAGCAAGGCAUGUGGGCCGUUGUUCUCAUGGCUGGAAGCAGCGGUGCAGUAUGGGGAGAUCAUUCGCGCCGUGCAGCCCAUGAGGGAAGAGAUGGAGCAGCUGGAGGGGGAGGCGGGCAGCAUGGCGGAGGAGAUUCAGCACGUGCAGGAGUCCAUUGGCAAUCUGGAGGAGCGCAUGGAAGCAUGUCGGGACGAACACUCCCUCCUCCUCUCCGCCUGUGAAGCCAUGCGAGCCGACAUCCACCAAUCAAAGCUCGCCAUGCAGCGAGCCGCCAGCCUGGUAAAAGACCUGACGUACGAGCGUGACCGUUGGAUGAAGCAGCGCGAGAUGCUCAAGAGCCGGGCGGCGGCGUGCAUAGGCGACGCUUUGCUAAGAGCCGCUAGUUUGGCGUACCUGGGACCGCUGGAGCUCGCGGAAAGGCAGCGGCUUUUAGCUAAGUGGCAGGAGGUGGUGGGUUCCCGCGGGUUGAAGUUCUCGCAAGGGGGUGUGCUGAGGGGUGAGGUGGGGUUGGAUGGGGUUGGGGAGAGGGGAGCGGAGGGGGGUGAGGAGGGGUGGGGAGGGGUGGAGGAGGAUGAAGAGGUGGAGGAGGAGCGGGCGAAAUGGGAGGCGAUGGGGUUACCACAGGACGAGUAUGCGUUACAGAACGCAGAAUCGGUGCUUAAGUGCCGGAGGGUGCCUCUCCUUGUGGACCCUUCUGGAAGAAUGGUUGAGUUCCUUCGGAAGGUUCUCUCCUGCUCCGCCCCUGCUGCUACAGCUGAGACUGCUACAGACGGAAGCACCGAAUCCGCUACAGCCGAGUCUGUUAUAUCUGAUUCUGGUGCUACAGCCGAAAAUGUUCCUGGUUUGAGUGACAGCAAGGGUUCAGGAGAAGGGAAGCAGGAAGGGGGGGUGGUGUGUGUGAGUGCACAGGAGGAAGAGAGUGUGUUGGCUCGUGCAGCAGAAAAGGCUCACCUGCUGAGCCGCGUGAUUGGCCGGGAGCGCGCUGACGUGGCGCAGCAGCGGGACCGGGCGGCGGCUCUGCAGGAGAGAUGCCGAAGGAGAUUGCGCCAGCUGGAAGGGAGAUUGCUUGAGGUGCUGACGUCACCAGAAGAGGACGGGAAGGAAGCGGGAGGUGUGGUAACAGGGAGCGUGGCUGCUGGGAGCGUGACUCCUGCUCGUGCGGCUGGGAGUGGUGGUGGUGGUAGUAGUGUCAACAGCACCCCUCCUCCUACUUUCAGCAUGUUUAGCGGGUUAAAACGACCGGCAGGCAUGGCAGCAACACCAACAGCAACAGCAGCACACACAGCAGCAGCAGCAGCAGCAGCAGUGGCAGCACAAACGCCUGUGGGAGUCUCUCUGUCUUUCCGAGCCCUCGAAUCCCCAAUCCCCACGCCAGCCCCUCUCCCUCCCGUAAUGGACGACUCAACAGUCUCAAAAACCCUCGCUCAGAUUAAAAAAGACGCAGCAGCAGUCAAGGCGAAGGCCAGAGAGGUGCGGCUGGUAAUGAGACAAGUCGACGCCGUCCGGACGCUGUACGCCCCGCUGGCGGACGUCGGCGCGGCGGCGUUUUUCGUCCUUUCUGGAGCGGCUGCCGCCCUGCAGCAGCCGCUGUACAGAUUCUCGCUGGAUUUCUUUCUGCGGGCGUUUGACGAUGCGAUUUUGGCUGCUAGUGGUGAAUCAGGUGGGAAAUCAGCAGCAGAAGUAACAGCAACAGCAACAGUAGCAGCAACAGCAGAAGCACAGUCAGAAGGUGCUGUAGCUGUGAAGCCGAGAGUGAGGCAGCUGGUGGCAGUAGUAUUGAGUGAGCUUAUAACGAGGACAGCAGAGGCAACAGAGUACCGGCACCACCUGCCUGUGGCCCUCGCCCUAUCCCGCUGCGCCAGGCUGGCAGAUGACGUGGACUGGGUUGGCUUGGCUACAACUGUCGCUGCAAAGUUUGCUACAGGGUCUGCUGGUGCUAUAGGCACUGCUACAGCCCCUGCUACAGCUGAGAGUACAGGCAGAGCAGCAGGUGAUAUUUCAGCCACAGUGAAAGAGGAGCUGCAGCAUACGACUGCUGGGGCAGCUUAUAGCGAGUAUGAGGUCAGGGGGUGUGCUGCAGUGGAGGCAGUGGUGGGGUUUGUCGAGUCAAUGGCAGUCAACGCUGGUCAAACGGACAUUGCUGGGCGGCGACUGGUGGAGGCUGUAAUCAACGAUGCAGUGGCAGAAGCACAGAGGGCGGUGGAGAGAGGGGCGAGGGAAGGGCGGUGGGUGGUGCUGUGCAAUGCCCACCUGGCCCUAUCGGUGCCCAGGCACGCUGCGUGGCUUCAGCUGCUGCUCAACUCGUUACAGUCACGCGCUCUGUCGGUGCCAGUGCAUCGGGACUUCCGGCUGGUGCUGACGGUGGAAGCAGCGGGGGCGGCUGUGAGGCUGAUGCCGCCCAAGCUGGUGGAGGCGUGUGAUGUGUUGGUGAUGGAGGCACCGGCUGGAGUCAAAGGCAGCAUGCAGAGAUCUCUGGAUUCCAUUCUCUCACUCUCGGCCAGAAGCAACAGCCUAUGGAAAGAGCAGCAGAGAGGGAGAAACGUGGCAGAGGAAAUCGAGAGGGGAAGCGAGCGGAGCGGGGUUGCUGUGGAGAAGAGGCUACAGGGGAAGCAGCAGCAGGUGCUGCAAGUGCGAGGGGGUGAUGUGGAAGAGGAGAGGAGGAGGCGGCAGAUGCUACGGGUGCGGGUGGGCAUGGCAUGGGUGCAUGCAGUGCUGCAGGAGCGAGUGCACUAUGUGCCUCGGGGUUGGCUGUGCCCUUACACCUUCAUGGACCAUGAUCUCACCUGGGCGCUCUCUCUCCUGCAAGCCUGGCAGGCAGACAGCCCCUGCAGCCUGACACCCCUCAAAUGCCUGCCAGCAGUGAGAACACUCCUCCUCGACAUAGCCUACGGGCUCAAGAUGGAGUCCCCUGCAGACCAUGCCACUCUCUCCCGCAUCGUCUCGCACGUGUUUGGAGAUCCCAAGGCGUUUUUCGCGCCACAAUUCGCCCUCUCGCUCGCUCCAGCCACUCCUGCUGCUACUGGUGCUACUGGUGUUGCUGCUGAUGCUGGUGAUGCGGUUACCAGCGUGUCGGCGUUACUGAAUUUACCAGAUGAGGACACGGAGGAGGCGUAUACCAGCUGGGUCCAAUCACUGCCCGCCACGUGUCCACCUGAGUGGCUGGGGCUGAAGGCUGGGGAGGAUAGCGUAAGGCCUGCCGAACCUACAGAUCCGGCAGGCUCUGCUACAGCUCUUACAGCUUCUGCCGAGCAUGCAUCGGAGCAAGGAGAGAAAGGGGAAGAAGACAAGAAGAAUAUAGAUGUAACAGCUGCUUCUGGUGUGAGUGCAGCAGAGGGAAGCGAGAAAGGGGAGGAAGAGGACAGGGGAUUAGAUGCAACAGCUGUUUCGGGAGGGAGCGCAGACGAGGAGGGUGCAAGGUCGGUCGGUGGGGCUGCAGAGAAUGAGAAGGUGACUGGUGGGGAAGCAAAGGAUGUGAAGACGGCUGGUGGGGAGGCAAAGAACGAAGAGGAAGAGGAGGCGGAAGAGGAGAAGGAGAUGGGGAAGGAUGGGACGAGAGGGGUGGAGAUGGAUGGGGGAAAUCAGACUGCGAAGGGAGGGAAGGAGGAGGGAAGAGAGGAGGGCGUGAGUGGUGAGGAGCAGAGGGGGGAAGGCGUGAGUGGGCAGCAGCAGAGGGGUGAGCGCGUGAGUGGGCAGCAGCAGAGGGGUGAGGGCGUGGAGCAGAAGGAAAGGGAGGAGGAGGGUGAGUUGAAGGGAGGGGAAAUGAAGGGAGAGGAGGUGAAGGGAGAAGAAGCGGAGGAGGAUGAAGAAGUGAAGGUUGGGCCAGCGGAUUUGGGGAUGGAAAAAGUGGACGAGGCGUUGGCAGCAGCAGAAGAGGCAAUCAUGCCGAAAGUUAAAGGCUCUGAUGCUGCUGCUGCUGCUGCUGGUGGUGCUGGCGCUGGUGGUACUAGUAUUGUGGCGAAUGUUACAAGUAAGGUGGGAGAGAAGAGAGGAGGAGAGGAGGAAUUGGUGGAUGCAAAUGUUACAAGCAGGGUGGGAGGUGAUAAGGGAGUUGAGAAGGAAGCGGAAGUGGUGGGGAAGAGAGGGGCUGAGGGGGGGACUAAAGAGGAGGCAGGAUUGGCUGGGGAAGAGGAGGAGGUGGAGGAGGAGGAGAAGAAGGAGGAGGAGGAAGCGGCAGAGGAAACGGAAGAAGGAAAAGCCGAGGAUGCAGCUGCAGCAGAGGAGGUUGAAGAGUUGGCGGCAGAGACAAAGGGAGAUGCAGAAACGGAUACAUCUAUGGUAGAUGCGCCUGCUGCAAAAGCCAGUGGGGGAAAGGGUACAGUGACGGGUAGCUGGAGGGUCAGCAAAGCAGGUAGCAAGGCAGGUAACGAAAACUCAACAGCAGAAGCUGCCGCAGCAGCAGGGGAAACAGAUGUUACUGUGGUUGAUUUAGCUGCUGCAAACGCCACUGAUGGAGAGGGUGUGUCCGGAAAGGAAAUGCUUACAGGAGCAGAGCUUACAGGGAAUAGUAUGUUGAGAGGAGAAGAGGAGACUCGUGAAUCAACUCAAAGGUCGAAGGUGUCUGCUGGAAAAGGCACGUUUGGGAAGGGUAAUUUUACUGGAGCAGAUCUUACAGGGGAUAGUGUGAUGAGAGACGGAGAAACGGGAGAGGAAGAAGAGGAGAGGGAGGGGAAGGAGGGUUUGGGGGAGGAGAUUGUUGCCACUGAACGGCAGGGGAAGAAGGGAGGUGGCACGAAGGGUGUGAGAGUGGGAGAGGGAGAAAUGGGAGAGGAACAGGAGCGGGAGGAGGAGAGGGAGGAGCAGGGGGAGGAGGGUUUGGGCGACAAUAUUGCUGUUACUGAGCGGCAGGGGAAGAAGGGAGGUGGCUCAAAGGGGGUGCGAGUGGGAGAGGGAGGGGAAGGAGGAGGAAUGGAUGGGAUAAGGGGAGAGGAGGAGGUGGAAAGGGAAGAAGAGGAGGGAGAGGAGGAGGCGGAGAUGAGAGUAGAGGAGGGAGGAGAGGAAGGGCUCUUGCACAGCAGGUCUCCAGGUAAAAGUGGGAAGGGCUUUGGAGGAGACAGUGGGGUUGAGGGUGGCGCUGAGACUGGAGCUGAGACGGGGGCAUUGGGUGCAGAAGCAGCAGCAGAGGAGGGAGGAGAGGAAGGGCUUUUGCACAGCAGGUCUCCGGGUAAAACCGGGAAGGGCGGUGCAGCUAAGGGUGGGGUUGAUGGCGGGGUUGAGGGUGGGGUUGAGAGUGGGGCUGAGAAGGGGGCAUUGGAUGCAGAAGCAGCAGCAGAGGAAGGAGACUCGGUGGCAGAUGGACGAGUAGAUGGAAAGCCAACACCAGCAGCAGAAGCAGCUGCUGCUUCCAAGAAGGAUGCUGAGGGAAAGAGAGGAAAAGGAGGUGGUGCUGGUGGUUUUAGGAAGAGAACAGGUGGAGAGGAGGAGUUACCUGCUGCAGAAGAAGAGGGGGAGAGUGAGGAUCGGGGUGAGGAGGCUGAGGAGAAAAGGGGAAAAGGAUUCGGUGGUAGUGAUGCGAGGAAAGGAACAGGUGGAGAGGAGGAGAGGGGACAAGGUCUAGGUGGUAGUGAUACCAGGAAAGGAACAGAUGGAGAGGAAGAGUAUGGUGCAGAAGAAGGGGCGAGAGAGGGGGAGAGAGAGGAUGGGAGUGUGGGGGGGAGGGAGGAGGAAGGUGAAUGGGCAAUGCCUGGAGACGACUUCGCUGCUGAAGAAGCACCUGAAGAUUCACCUGAAAAUUCACCUGAAGAUGCACUUGAGGGUUCGGCUGAGGAAGACGAGUAUCCUGCAGAAGGGGCGAACAAGGGGCGGGUUUCAGGUGGUAAGAAUGCAGACGCAGUGACAGGUGAAAGAGGAGCAGGAGGGUCUCAGGCGUCUGAGAGUAAAGGAAAAGACAGUUUGCCCAGUGGAAAAGGAGCAGGGGCAGGGAGGCUUGGUGGUGCUGGUGGUGCUGGUGGUGCUGGUGGUGGUGGGGAUGGUGGUAGGGGGUCACCUUAUGGGGGAGAGGAGGAUGAGUAUGGAACGCUUCAGGAUUUCGGUCCUUCCAAUCCAAAAGCAGCAGCAGGAGCAGGGGCAGGAAAGUUUGGUGGUGGUGGUGGUAGGGGUGGUGGGGGUGGUGGUGGUGGUAAUGGCAGGGAGUCUCCCUAUGGAGGAGAGGAGGAUGACCUGUUCUGGCUCCUCUAG